AUGCGGUUUGCAACCCUAUGGGUGGUGGCCCAGUGUUGCUGGCUUGUCGCAGGACUCGGGUCCUCUUCACAUGUUUCCAUCGAGUCCUCUGAAAAUUCCGCGAAAUCCUCGGAAUUACCACAGGCAAAACCAACAGGAUGGCAGAUGACCCCUCAGCUUGCUCGCAACUCAUCUAAGGCUCUCCUGCCACUCUUCAGGCCUUACUCUCCGGAUACACCGGCAUUCAAGAACCGAGAACUGCUGAAGGAUCUUGCUGGCAAGCCUAAAUCCUCGAUCUACAAGACUUCCGGAAAUCAACCUGGUCUCUCGAAACGAGACUCUCUCCCCACUGGAACAUGUGCUCCAGGUAUACCAUGUGUCAACGGUGCCUGCUGCAGUGACAGCGGCGUAUGCUCCUUCGCUCCAUCUAGCUGUGCAGCAGACGUCUGCAUUUCCAAUUGUAAUGCUACGGCUCCCUGCGGCGAGUAUGCCAAGGCAGGCGAGGGCGACUGUCCUCUGAAUGUUUGUUGUUCACAGUUUGGGUUCUGCGGUACCACCUCCGAAUUUUGCGGCACUGGCUGCCAGGAUGGAUAUGGUUCAUGUGGAGACGUCGACAGGCCAACUUGCUCGGGAACCUCAGCAGAGAAUGGCCGGCGAAUCGGAUACUACGAAAGCUGGGCUGACGAUUCAAGCUCCCGACUCUGCAAUCGGAGAACACCAGACGAGAUCCCACUGGUCGGUCUAACGCAUCUCAAUUUUGCGUUCACCUUUUUCAACCCAACCACUUUUGAAGUAUCGCCUAUGACAUCAGCAGCUGCAGGGCUUUAUAAGAGUUUUACUGGCCUCAAAAAAAAGAGCCCGGGUCUGGAAACUUGGAUUUCCCUUGGUGGUUGGACAUUUAACGAUGAGGGCAAUACCCCAGACACUCGUACGGCUUUCAGUGACAUGGUUAGUACCUCUGCAAAUCGGCGCCAAUUUAUUGAGCAUCUGCAAAACUUUAUGCAAUCUUAUGGCUUUGAUGGUAUCGAUAUUGAUUGGGAGUACCCCGCUGCCGACGAUCGUGGGGGCUCAUCUGCGGACACGGAAAACUUUGUGAAGCUGUUGAAAGAGAUGCGAUUAAGCUGGGGUACUUCGUACGGUAUGAGUGUAACUUUGCCAUCCUCCUACUGGUAUCUGCAGGGCUUUGAUCUUGCCGGAAUGGCAAAACAUCUUGACUGGUUCAAUUUCAUGAGUUAUGACAUUCACGGUGUCUGGGAUUCCAAGAAUCAAUAUACUGGUCCUUACAUUCGUCCUCACACCAACCUUACUGAGAUCAAAGAAGGCCUAGAUCUAAUGUGGAUGGCUGGAGUUGAGCCGAGCCAGGUGGUUUUAGGACUUGGCUGGUAUGGAAGAUCAUUCACUCUCGCCGAUUCAUCCUGUUCUAGGCCCAAUGGACUCUGCGAAUUCAGUGGAGGUGGCAAUCCUGGUUCAUGUACCAACUCUGCCGGGACUCUUUCAAUCGCCGAGAUCAAGAAGAUUCAAGAUUCUGGUGUCGCUACUGAAAAUUAUGACUCUACGGCGGCAGUGAAGUGGAUUACUUGGGACAAAGACCAGUGGGUGAGCUUUGACGACGGUGUAACCAUGAUGCAAAAGAUGAAAGCCGCAAACAAACUUUGCCUUGGUGGUAUUAUGAUCUGGGCAAUGGAUAUGGACAACGAUAACGGAGAUGCUAUGAGCGACCUCAUGGGCAUUGGCAAAGCCAAUGGCGUUACGCCCACCCAAGCAGCUAGUUACAAGGAACAGUAUGAAAAUGCUGCCGAGCAGAACGCCGUCGCAUCAUCUUGUUACUGGAGUCUGUGUGGGGAAACCUGCAAGAGUUCAUAUUUCGACGUCACAGAAGCGAGAGGGCAAGUAGCGAACGUCCAACAAAGUUCUGUUUGCCCAGUGGGUGAAUACCAAACACUGUGCUGCGCUCCUCAAACGACAAUGGGAACGUGCAAGUGGGAAGGUUUCCGUGGCGUGGGUUUACCGUGCACUCCUGUAUGCUCGGAUGCCGAUGCGGUUAUCGUCGCGCAGAAUAGUAACUCCUAUUCAAUGGACGACGAUGACCAUAUAGCAGACCUGACCUGUACAGGUGGCUAUCAGGCAUAUUGCUGCACCGGAUUCAUUCCUUCUUCAAAGACCAACACAGGAAACAUGUUUCUAUACGGACAAGGAUUGUUCAGCAAGCGCAGUUUGGAUAGAGGAACGAAAGACGCUGCCAUUCUCGCACGGUCCGAUACUGGACAAGCCUUGUUACUUGGCACUUGUGCCCUUGCCCUCGUGACGUUUGUGGCCGAGUCACCUGUGUCAUUCGGGGUUUCGCUUUUAGGAAUUCCAGCCGAGCUUUAUCUAUGUGCUGCUUCUGGCGUUGCAGUGAGUGCAUCGGGGUUUGCUAUUAAAACCUCAGGCCGAAAACCCCAGAGCAAUCCAAACGGACAGCUAGCGACAAACAAGAUUAUUCUCGGUACCGGGAAUGCCGUGAAUGUCAAUCAGUGGUCAAAACUGAGUUUCACGUCCACUAAGAACGGGCAUUGCGACUGCUCGGUAACAUAUACAUGCCGGUAUGGGUUGGGUUGGGAUGAGGUUUGUGAUAAUCAGCGAUGGGCCAUUACCUACCGCCUCAACCAGCAAACUACAUUUAACCCUGGUGCUUUACGACCCCCUAAUCGGAAGUACUACUCAUUUACAAAACAACGUGCUAAGCAAUAUUAUUCCCUUAUCCGGAAAUCGCGUGCUCCAGUGGGCGCACAAUGUCAGCUGGAUGAAUUUCCCAUGGGAAAUCUCUUCGAAUCUGGGAAUAACAAUCCUCAAACAUGUCGAUUGGUCAACUCGAUCGCCAAUAGUAGACAAGGACAGGAUUUCAAGAUGUGGAAGCAAAAUCAGUGGGAACCGUGCUCUGACUUUCGAGUCAAUACUUGCAAGCUCCCGCGUCCGGCUGCAACGUGGGAAUUUGGGGCCCUCCCCGGUAAUCGGGGCAUUGGUAAUAUGAUAGGAACUCACUUCAUCACUGCCCUUGGUUUUGACUCACAGACCGCCAAUUCACUGUGCUUCGCCUCCUACACCUACACUGACAAGAACAACAACGUUCAAAAUACAAUGGUGGAAGACCAUGGGUUUCGUGUUCUCGAUGACGAUCCAAUGUACUACUGGCCAAUGGAAUGGCCACGACAGAGCUGGAAGAUGAAUCCAGGCCCCUCCUCAAACGCUGGAGAUAGGCCAAGCUCGAUCAAUAGUGCUGGAUACAUGCGUCGGGAAUUUCCAAUUACGGCUGCUAUGAACCAGAGUCUUCCGGCUGGAGGUGAAGUAAAGGAGUCAACCAAGCUCACAUGCAACGCCUUCAAUGACAGCAAUCCCACAUUUCUCAUAGAAAAUGGAGAUCUCUCAUUUGACGAUCUGGAUUUUGAAGACAUGCUUGGCAAUAAGAUUGACGGCCGGGCUUGUGACAUAAUCUAUGCUGAUGAUGAGGAUGGCCCGGUGCAACUCAUGGUUCACGAAGAUGGUACAGUGGAAUAUAACACGGGUCUCGCUAACAUUCCGAUUACAAGUACUGGAACUCAUAUGCCCACUACAGAGGCUCAGAUCCCGGGCGGUCCCAUGGGACGUUAUCACCCCGAGAGCACCUCCAGUCGCUAUGAUGUGUCGAUAGGCCAGGUUACGGCAGCACCUCAUUCCGCCGACCUGGAAUAUCACUUGCGCCAUGGUCAUGGUCAUCAUCAUUGA